AUGUUUAGGCCCCAUAGCGACUAUGGCAGAAAGCGACUCAUCCAGCGCUUAAAGAGACAUCGGCAUGGACUAUUCAACACUCCCGAGAUUAAAUAUCCGCGUCGUUCGUUCCUCGAAAAAGUAUUGCACCCGAAGAACAAGUGUAACGUUAUAAGCAGCACUCCGUUACCUAAUAGGAAGAGGCCAUUAGCUGUGUCGAGCGCUGAAUUCAGUCCGAUCGCCAAUGGAUCGUACAAUAAUGGUGUUACUAACAGCCCGAGUCAUACAGAAACAUUUAAAAAACCAGAAGCAUCGAUUAGAUCUUGCUCUAAUAAGGCGAAUAACAGAAGCAAGCUUCUUAAGCAGGUUUCAAUUGCAUCUACAAGUACAGAAGAUGAAAGCGGUAGUAUUCGUAAGAAUGCCGCUUGCGCAUCGAAUAAUAAUGUUAAUUUAGGAGAAUUAGAAGAGGACUCGAGCGAUUCGGACGGAAAUAACGAAGAUAUAUUCGAGAAUCGGCCUCGAUCAAACCACUCGAGGAAUUCGAAUAAAGAAGUUUCAUUGAAUGGUAUAAAUAACUUCUUAAAACGGAAUAUUUCCAAAUCCAUCAAAUCGUGCACUUCGACUAAAUCUAGGACGCCAUCUCGGUUGAGUUUACACGAUUGCAUUAAUCGUUUACACGAACAGAAGAAUAUGGAAGUGCAAACGUCGCUUAGCCGAUACAACGAUCAGCCGGCGUCUAUAGACAAGAAUGCGAACAUUUUCGAACGGAAUUUGUUCAACAGUUUGCAAGACGGGCCUUUGAUCGAUAGCAUGGGCAGCUACGCGGAUUACAACGUGUUGAGGAAACCCAGUACUGAUGCGGGUUGGAGGAUGCCUUCGAGAAGCGGACUUAAUAAUACUACCGGUUUGUGCUACAAUGUAACCGAUUGGAGCAAUAACAACAAACGCUAUCAGCGGGGCGUGAAGAAUAAUUUGAAAACGUACAGGAGAUUGGGAGGAAAUGCAAACCUUGGCGAUUUCCGAAGGAGUAUUGGUUUUGGUCAGAAUUCGAAUCGAGAAACGGACAGUUCGAGUAUCGACGAUGAUGAUGAUUUUAUCCCUAAAUCAACUUCCAAGAAUCGAACUAACGAUGUACCUACACAUAUACAUACGAAUAAUAACGGCCGAGAUCACGAAAUGGAAAGUUCUAGUAGCGAUGGAGAUGUUAACGAUAGCUCGAAUAUGUUAUCAAAAUCAACUACUAAUAUCAGAAAGUGGAUAAGCAAUAAUAGUAAACGUACAAAUAAUGAAUCGGAAAUGGAAAAUUGUACCAUCAACAGGAUAUCUCUACGUGAAAGAACUAAUCUUGUUAACAACGCGGACCAAGAAAAGGAAAAUUUUAAUAUCGAUGAGAAUAAUGAGUACUUAAAUGUUAACGGAGUUAGAAAAUCGACCUCGAAGCUCAACAAUGGCAGAAAAUCUGCACACAAGAAAGUUAAACACACAAAUAAUGAAUCAGAAAUUGACAAUUAUAACAAUAUUAGGAUGUCUCUACAUGAGAAAACUAGUGUUAUUAACGACCCAGAUCAAGAUAUGGAAAAUUUGGGUAAUGAUGAGGAGGAUGAUGAGUACUUGAAAGUUAAAGGAGUUACAAAAUCGACCUCGAAGCUCAGCAAUGGCAGAAAGUCUGUACACAAAAGAGGUAAACAUACAAAUAACGAUUCAAAUCAUGAAAUGGUUGAUCAGGUUGAUGAUAGUAGAGUUAAUACAGAUCCCAAAUCAACCUCGAAGCUUAGCAAUGGCAGAAAGUCUGGACACAAGAAAGAUAAUAAACACACAAAUAAUGCAUCAGUAAUGGAAAAUUAUAACAAUAACAGGACGUCUCUACAUGUAGAAACUAAUGUUAUUAAUAACACAGAGCAAGAAAUGGAGAAUUUGAGUACCGGUGAGGAUGGUGAUGAGUACUCGAAUGUUAACGGAGUUACAAAAUCGCCCUCGAAGCUUCUUAAUGGCAGAAAAUCUGUACACAAAAGCGCAAAACGUACAAAUAACGAUUCAGAUCAUGAAAUGGUUGAUCAGGUUGAUGAUAAUAGAGUUAAUACAGAUCCCAAAUCAAUCUCGAAGCUUAGCAAUAGCAGAAAGUCUGUACACGAAAAGGAUAAACGUACAAAUAACGAAUCAGAUCAUGAAAUCGUUAAUCAGGUUGAUGAUAAUAGAGUUAAUACAGAUCCCAAAUCAACCUCGAAGCUUAGCAAUAGCAGAAAGUCUGUACACGAAAAGGAUAAAAGUACAAAUAACGGAUCAGAAAUGGAAAAUUCCAACAUUACCAGGAGGUCUCUACGUGUACACAUUAAAGCUAUCAACGACCUACGCAAAGAAACGGAAAAUUUGAAUCCUCAUGAGGAUAAUAACGAUCACACUGUUUCGAAGCCGACCUCGAAGCGUAGAAAUGGCGAGAAUUCAGUUCGAAAUAAGAGUAACGUUCCAAACGAUAAAGAAUCGGAUUCUUUGGAUUGCGAAAGGGCUCAUCGUUCGAAGCAGAUCGUUUCGAUAUCGGAACAAACGACUUCUUCGAUGCUCGAAACAAUAAGGGAACAUAACGAGGAACAAUCAGAAAUUGCUGGUCCGUCAAGAAGAACUAUCAAAAAAAUAAAACGAACUGGAUUGCGUAAAACAUUUGAUGGAAUCGAUUUAGCGCCACAAGAAGUUACAAAUAAUGGCAGGCCCGUAAGAAACAGAAGACCACCACCUGCGAAGGUUUAUGACAAUCUUUUUAAUUUUGUAUAUAAGGGAGGGAAGUUUUGUCAAAAAAGUGCGUACCAAGAAGAUGAAACGGUUCUCUUUAAGAAACCAGCGGUUAAAAGAGUAACUCAAGCGAAACCGAAGAAAUCUGUUACUAAAACGAAUAAGAAUAAAUCUGUUACUAAAACGAAUAAGAAUAAAUCUAAGGCGCAGAAGAUUUCCGAUGAAACCACCGAAGAUGCAGGUAAUGAGGUGCAGAAUGAAAGAGUUUCCGAAGACCCCGGCCCAUCCGUAACAGAAAAUAAUGUAUAUAUGGACGUGACCGAACGUGAUGCAGGGAGUUCCGGCUUGUCUAAUUCAACUGACCGUAGCAGGUAUAAUUUGAAACCCGGUGAAAUGAUUUCCAGCUCGGCCGUGGAAGAAAAUUGGUCUCUUAUUGUGAGGAGGGGACACGGUACACUUAUCGUAAACGGCACAAACGUAAAAAUCAAGCAAUUCGAUUCGUUUGAAUUACCUCGUGGUAAGUACUAAGUAUGCAAUACGUAAC